ACAAAACAAAAAAAGAAAUAAAUCACUAAAAUUCAAAACCCUACUCACAACUAUGGGGUUUUGAAUUUCAUUACUUCACAAUUCAUAAUUCACAUUAAUGAUUGAUUUUACUUGUUGUGUUUACUCUUUGGAAAACUCACACAGAUCUAGGAUCCACAUUUUCAGAAGGAAGAAGUUUGAAUUCAAGAAUCCGCCUUACGAUCCGACUAGCCAAACGUGAAACCAAACAUACACUUUAGUUUUGGUUACUCUAAUGGGUCUCACCUAUUCUUGUUUCCACCCUCUCACUCGCCGCCGUACAAGAAAAAGGGUCGCUGCUCACUCUUCCGCCGUCAAGGUCACCCCCGCCGCCGGCACCAACACCUUCCCACCUACCUCUGCCGGUAACGGCCUCCAUACCGUCACUGACCACUCCAAAACUAACUACGACGGCGAAAACAACGACGUUAAGGUCCUCAAUUCCGAAAAAGACGUCAUCGGAGAGAGUUCAAACGACGCGCCGCCGUUCAUCUGCGAAAUCUGCACGGAAACCAAAACCGCGUGGGAGUCUUUCACCGCCACCACCACCACAUGCUCCCACCACGCGUUUUGCUCCGAGUGCGUUUUCACCUACGUGAGCUCCAAGCUUCAACAGAAUCAGAUCAACAUCACUUGCCCCAUUCCGGAAUGUACGGGGUUGUUGGAGGCGGAGGAUUGCCGCGCGAUUCUCCCGCCGGAGGUGGUUGACCGGUGGCUGACGGCGUUGUGCGAGGCGAUUAUCACCGCGUCGGAGAAAUUCUACUGUCCGUUUGUGGAUUGCUCUGCUAUGUUGAUCGAUGAUGGGGUGGAGAAGGUUACGGAAUCGGAGUGUCCUAAUUGCCGGAGGUUGUUCUGCGCGCAGUGUAAGGUGCCGUGGCACAACGAGGUCACGUGUGAGGAGUUUCAGAAGAUGAAUCAGGAGGAGAAGGGGUUGGUGGUGAAGCUUGCGAAGGAGAUGAAGAAGUGCCCCAAUUGCAGAUUCUACAUUGCUAAAUCUGAUGACUGUGAAGUGAUUCGAUGCAGGUGUGGAUAUGCAGAGUGCAGUGACACCGCCGGAGAAGGAGAGUCGUCAAACGCGGCGCCAUUUAUCUGCGAAAUCUGCACGGAGACUAAAACGGCGUGGGAGUCCUUUGGAAUCACCGGGUGCUCGCAUGCCUAUUGCUCUGACUGCGUGGCAAUGUACGUGCGGUCCAAGGUUGAGGAGAAUGUGAUCAACAUUAAGUGUCCUGUUUCAGGAUGUUCAGGCCUGUUGGAGGCGGAGGAUUGCCGUGCGAUUCUCCCGGAGGAGGUGUUUGACAGGUGGGGGAAGGCGGCGAGUGAGGCGAUGAUUGCUGAGUCGGAGAAGUUCUACUGCCCCUUUGCCAACUGUUCUGCAUUGUUGAUUGAUGAUGGGAGGGUGAAGGUUAGUCAAUCGGAGUGCCCUGAUUGCAGGAGGUUGUUCUGCGCGCAAUGCAAGGUGCCGUGGCACGCAGGGGUCACGUGUGUUGAGUAUCAGAAGCUGGGGAAGGAUGAUAGGGGGAAGGAAGAUUUGAUGCUGAUAAAGCUUGCUAAGGAUAAGAAAUGGAGGAGGUGCCCCAAUUGUAAACUAUAUGUUGCCAAAUCUGAAGGCUGCAUGUACAUGAGAUGCAGGUGUGGACAUACCUUCUGUUAUAACUGUGGAACUCCUAACUUAAAUAAGAAGAGCCAUUACUGCGACACCUGUAGGCGUACGUACUAAGGACACUUGAAAGCACGAUAUAUAAUAGUUUUUUUGCCUAAAAACAAGAUUCAACAAGCAUUAGAGAAUACUGUAUCUACAGCAAGUCCAGAUAUCAGUUAUGCUACACCACAACUGUAAAAAGUUCUCAGAUAUUUGAAGAUACAACCAGAUCCAUGCCUCUUUUCUCAUGCUGAUUCUGAUCUGAACUCAGUUUUUUUUUUCUUUUAUUUUUUCUCAAAAAACUAAGCUUUCAGUGACAGGAAUUGAGCAGAUAUGGAGAUACAAUUGGGCCAACAGUGCAGCCGCCCAACUUAGAUGCUGUCAAGCUCAAAAUCUAGGGCCAACAUGAUGACCAGCUCACAUCAUCUUAGUUUAGCCUAAUUAAACUUAAUCAUGAACUUAUUUAUGUGAUUAAUUGCUAUUCAGUUGCGGCUUACUUAGCUGUUUAGUUAUCGAUUGUUGGUUUAAUUGUUUUUGAAUUUCUGUUAAUCUUGUUCUCCUCUCAUAAAUUUGAUGGUGACUAAGUUGCUUUUGUGCUC